CCUACCAGUGCCCAGGGUUUGUAAACUGGUCUUCCCCAUGCCCCAGCCGGAGACCACAGGCUGGCUCUCAAGUUAGCUUAUCCUGCUCACCUUCCCUAACAGCCAUGGGCAACAGGAUCACCCGGGGAAACUUCGAAUGGGUUUACACUGAGCAGCCCCACACCCAGCGACGCAAGGAGAUCUUGGCUAAGUAUCCAGCCAUCAAAUCACUAAUGGGCCCAGAUCCACACUUGAAAUGGAUUGUGUCCUGCUUGGUGCUGACCCAGUUCUUCGCUUGUUACCUGGUCAAAGACUUGUCUUGGCGAUGGGUCUUCUUCUGGGCCUAUGCCUUUGGGGGCUGUGUGAACCACUCCUUGACUCUGGCCAUCCAUGACAUCUCUCAUAACGUGGCCUUUGGCAACAAAUUUAUUCAGCGGAACCGCUGGUUUGCAGUCUUCGCCAACCUCCCCAUUGGUUUGCCAUACUCCGCUUCCUUCAAGAAGUAUCAUAUUGAUCACCAUCGCUACCUGGGUGGUGACAAACUAGAUGUGGACAUCCCCACAGACUUUGAGUGUUGGUUCUUCUGCACGCCAGUGAGGAAGCUCCUCUGGCUCUUCUUGCAACCACUAUUUUACGCCCUGCGUCCACUCUUUGUAAACCCCAUGGCUAUUACACAGAUGGAGAUCUACAAUGCGCUGACCCAGCUUGCAGUCGACCUUGUGAUCUAUAUGCUAUGGGGGCUGAAGCCAAUUGUAUACUUUAUCGCAGGCACUUUCCUUUGUACAGGAAUACACCCCUUCUCUGGUCACUUCAUUGCUGAGCACUAUCUGUUCUUGAAGGGCUAUGAGACCUAUUCCUACUAUGGGCCUCUCAACUGGAUGACCUUUAAUGUGGGCUACCACAUGGAACACCAUGACUUUCCCAGUAUCUCAGGCUUCAAGCUGCCCAUGGUUCGGAAAAUUGCCCCUGAGUAUUAUGACAACCUCCCCCAGCACCAUUCCUGGAUCCAGGUUCUCUGGGAUUUUGUCUUCAAAGACACUAUGGGGCCUGCCUCAAGGACAAAGAGGGUCUACAAGGAGGCCUUGAAAAGCUUCUAAUCUACCUUCCAUUCAACUGAUAAGGCCAACUUGGGCCAGGUUCGGGGACCUAAAUUGCUUGAAAAAAUGGUUGGCCCAGAAGUCCUCAAUAUGAACUAUAGAACAUGAGUUGGUUAUCUGAAAUGGCCAAAAUAUUGGAAUGUGUCCUUGUUAAAACAGAGCAGAAACAACAAACCCCACCUACGUCCGUUCUGCUUCCAGGAAGCUCCCAUUAUGAUCUGAGCAAGGGCCCAGAUCCUAUGACCUGCUGAACUUUUUGCUUCAGUCCUGAGAAACAGGAGAGCAGGAAAAACAUGAUUUUCCCCUUUGCACUGAUGUAAGGGCAAAAGAACUUUAGUUUUGAGUCAGGAGAUCUGGGUUUGAGACCUGGCUUUCCUACUUUUACUGUGUUCUGGACCAGAGUUGGUCUGGGAGUGUUGGAGUAGGCAGAUGAUAUUGAAGGUUCUUUCCAGUUCUAAAUUCUGUGAUCCAAGAUCCUGAAGGUGGCAGGGAGGAGGAGGGAUAGAACAUUAACUUUGCUUAGGGGUGGUCUGGGGCUCCUUACUAAAGGACCCCAAGGGUGGUCCUUAUACUGUUCUUGGGUUAUUCAUAUUUUUCUGCAUCAUGCAAAAUUUGGGUCCAUGCAGAAGAACUGGUUCUUCAGCAUUUUCAUCCCCCCAGUGCCUUUUGGUUUCUUGUUUCUGAGCACGUGCCACAGCUGAUCUCUAGGGCAGAAGACUAGUGCGGGAAGGGACCUUAGAUUCAUCCAGUACAGGAUAUCAGAGCCCCUGGAGGGGGAGGGGAUGGGGAGCAGGGCUUAGAGAUAAUCUAGGUCUCACUUUUUCAGUGAAGAAACUGAGGCACAGAGAAUUCCUGCAAUAAACUCACUGUGCUGGCAGAUUUGGUACUAGAAUACCCCAAAUCCCUUGCCAACUUUUUCUAUUUUAUCACAUUGCUUCCUGGGAGUGUCAUCAUUUGAAUAGGGGCAUUUUUUUUUAAAGACUCCAAGUAAUGAAGUUAUAAUGGCAAUGUAACAGGCACUCAGUGGAAGAGGGAGAGACGUAUUUGAGUCAGGGUGCCUUGUGCCUUCUUAUAUCAUACCACUCCCUUACCCCUAACUUGUGGCCCCUAGGGCUGGUGGAUGUGGCUCCACCUAGGUCAUUCCUGGGUAGCUGGGUAGUCAUAGACAUCAGCCCACUUCUUGGGAUAAAGGCUUCUUUGCACCCUAACCCCUGCAAAUUGAGCCCCCUGACAAGUCAGUUUCUCUGUGAAGGAACAUUGGGAAGGAUCAUUUUAAGUCCGGUGAAAGGUGAUGUGGAAAGAGUUGGGUUCAGAGGCAGGAGUCGAGAUUCCUGCCCUGCCACUAGAACUUUCUGCGACCUUGAACAAGUAAUUUCCCCUCUCUGGGUCUCAAGCUUACUCGUCUAUGAGAUUAAGUGAUCAGAAUGGAUGAUCUCUAAGGCCCCUUUCAGCACUGAUAUUCUAUAAUUGUAGAGUUCCAGGGCUGCCUUAGGCAUUCCCUUUCUAUGAUGACUAAAGUCUUUAAACUCUGAUAUUGACCAGCUUCAUCUCUUUCUCCCAAUAUUGCCUAGGAUUUCUAAACAGCCUAUUAUGAUUUAUAGCUGCCAGACAAAAGAAAGCACUUCUCCUUACUUGAAGACCAGCUGCUUAGAAGGGUCCAUUGCCGGUGAAGGAUUGCUCUUGAGUGGAUCUGACUUCUGGUCAGCUUGGAGUCUGCUGGGAUAAGGGGGCAGGAAAGUUGGCCUCCACUAGCAUUAUGAGACUUGAAACCUCUAAUAGGUCUUAGCUCCUUAUUGUCCUCUUCCCACACCACCAACAGUAGAGUGGCCACUGUGAUGGCAUAGGGAGCAUGGGACCCCAAGGCUCAGAGACCUGUAAACCUGCGCCUUUGAGCCAACUUUUCCCCUUUGCUCCCCAAGGGAUGCUGCUGUAACACCUGAGCACUGAAGGGGAGGGGCUUAAGUUGCUCCUUUUCUCAGCACCUAAAGAAAUAGCUUUUGAGAUAGAAUUUGUAUUCUUAUAGACACAUUCCAAUCUUCCUGGUGACAUGUCCCCAGUCAUAAAAGGUCAUUGUCUUCAGAGGCAAGGGACCUUGGUUUGAUUCUCAGAUCUGCCAGUAAUAUGCUGGGUGAUUGUGAAUGAGUCAAUUUGAACCUCUUAACCUCGUUAAUAAAUUCCUUAUAGCUCCAACAUCCUACAUUCCAUGAGUCCAAGCUCCUUUUCAGUUUUGAUAUUUUGUGAGUCUAAUGUUCUCUUUUAUGUUUAUAUAUCACUUUGUGCUUUUUUGGAGUUCAUUCUCAGGGUCAUCAGCCAUGAAGAGAUAGGGAAAAUAUCAACAAAUUGACUCAUGGGCCAUUCCACUGGAUACUUCGUCUGGCCUAUGAGGCCCUUGACCAGAGCUGUCCUGUGAAAAACAAAUGCAAUAAAUGUUUGAGACUCUUGUGUUUCUGAAAGUUAUUUGAACUUAAAAUAAAAUGGAAUAAUUAAAUCCAA